GGUGUGAAUCAUACCAUUAAAAGAAGGAAAAAAAGAAAAAGAAAAAAGAAGAAGAGAGUGAGAGCCCACAGGGACAGACAGAGCAGGGGGUUCUCUGUCUCGGGUACCUAAAACACAACGGACUCCUUCUGUGGUCCACUCUCUCCUCUCUCUAAUUCGCUAACUAGUAUCGUUUCAGAUCUAGCAGAUAUUAAGUCUAAUUCCACGCUGAGAUGUCAAGUACCUAAAUUGUCUAGAUACAUGGUAUUAUAUCUAUCGCGGUUAGUGUCACUAUCACCUUUCAACAACCGGCCAUGAGAAGCUUCUUUUACGAUUUGACCUCAAAGUAUGGUUUUGGUGAAUGGUUACGCGAGCUAAAUAAAGAAUUUUGACUUGAAAAUCAUAGGAGACCUAUUAAAUUGUUAGAAAAAUAGGCGGUUAAUUGUUUGACAACUCCAAAUUCAUAUUUUUAGAGUGACAUUUGGAUUGGCAACUUUGGCUUGGUUGGGAGCUAGAUAUUGGUAUGGCUGUUGCCAAGUGCAACAGCAGCUAUAAUUUGUUGAAACAGCCAUGCACUUGUUACACAAUUUCGAGCUUAACUCAAACUAUUUUGGAUACAAAUCAGACAUCAAAUUUGAAAGACAGGUAUCUCCUCGGCGAGCAGCUGGGUUGGGGACAGUUUGGGGUUAUUAGAGUGUGCACAGAUAAAUUCAGUGGAGACUUAUUUGCUUGCAAAUCCAUUGCUAAGGAUAGACUGGUAACAUCAGAUGAUGCGAGAAGUGUCAAACUUGAGAUUGAGAUAAUGACUAGGCUAUCUGGGCAUCCAAACGUUGUGGAUCUCAAGGCGGUUUAUGAGGAUGAGGAUUAUAUCCACUUGGUAAUGGAGCUAUGUGCUGGAGGUGAGCUUUUUCACCAGUUAGAGAAGCAUGGACGAUUCUCAGAGACUGAGGCUAGGGUUCUCUUCAGGCAUAUGAUGCAAGUGGUGUUGUAUUGUCAUGAAAUUGGGGUUGUUCACAGGGACCUGAAGCCAGAGAACAUACUAUUGGCAACAAAAGCCUCCUCUUCACAGAUUAAAUUGGCAGAUUUUGGUCUUGCAACCUACAUUAAACCUGGUCAGAGUUUGCAUGGAACAGUUGGGAGCCCAUUUUAUAUAGCUCCUGAGGUAUUGGCAGGGGGAUAUAAUCAGGCUGCUGAUAUUUGGAGUGCAGGGGUGAUUCUUUACAUUCUUCUCAGUGGAAUGCCGCCAUUUUGGGGUAAGACUAAGUCACAGAUAUUUGAUGCUGUGAGGGCAGCUGAUCUGCGGUUCCCAUCUAAUCCUUGGGAUCGUGUAACUGAAUCUGCUAAGGAGUUAGUCAGGGGGAUGCUCUGUACUGACCCCUCACUGAGGCUUACUGCGCAACAGGUUUUAGAUCAUUCCUGGAUGAAGGAUGACGGACAAUGUUCUGAAGCACCUGAUCAAUGUCAGAAGAAAAGUUGUGGAGGGUGGGAUUUAGGUGGUGGCUCUUUCUCUACAUUGAUGGCCCAGAAUCAGAACAUCAGCUUUGGUGCUGGAUCACCUAUUAUUUGUGAUGUUGAGUCACCUACUUUCAAAUGCAGAUCAUCAUUCUCUUCUUUUCUUGUAGAAACUUCAACACCUUGCUUUGUAUCGGGCCUUUUUUCCUUCCGUAAUAGUGAUGAUUCUAAUGCCUUGGAAUUUUCUUCACCUAUAUCCUCAAUCCCAAGCUUUGCAUUCUUCAGCCCUGGUCCUGUGACUGAGCAAGGGAGCUGUACAUUGGAUCUCCCAAAUAAAAAAUCUAGUAUAAUUCCAAUUCAUGGAGAAGUCAGUUUGGAGAAGAUGCUCGUAUUGCCAAAAUCUUCUCUUUUCUGUGGGCCUGAAGCUAGACAAAUACAGCACAAGCAAGCUGAAGUUAAGAGGUCAUGGGGAGCCAUUGGGUCCAGGAUGGGUGUUCACAGUAAGAGGAACCGUACAAUUGGUCUUGGGGAGCAUGAGCAACUUGAUCUUGUGGUGACCAAGUCAGUUAUACGUUGGGCGUCAUGCACCCAUCUUCCAAGUGCGCCAUCUCUUAGGUCUUCUCUGGUAUGUUGAAGCUUUGAAUACCUGGCUGACAAUCUAACUUAAUAUACAAAUGGAGGUAUAGCGGAUGAUUGAAGCAGAGAAAGUGGUAUGCUCACACGAGUUUCUAAUAACCAAUGUGUUUGUAAUAUGUUUGUUAUAGUCUUGUGCUGUUGAAUCAUGGUUCUUAGAAGCGUUGUGAUUUGGUUGAUGUGUUUCUCCAGUUAUUUUCAGUUGGUUGCUUGUUAAGUAGCAUGGGUAACAAGCUGUGAGCAAUAGGCUUCUGCCUUGUGUAUAAAGUUGGAUUUUCAUAGUAUGAAGUUUUCCAGGUUUCUUUUU